AUGGUAUACCAUGGCAACAGGAGCACUUUUCACCCAGCCACAUUUUUUCUUGUUGGAAUCCCAGGUCUGGAAGACGUCCAUAUGUGGAUCUCCCUGCCUUUCUGCUCUGUUUACCUUGUGGCUUUGCUGGGCAAUGCUACCAUUCUGCUAGUCAUCAAGGCAGAACAGACUCUCCAGGAGCCCAUGUUAUACUUUCUGGCUAUCCUUUCCACAACUGAUUUGGCCCUUUCUACAACCUGUGUGCCUCGCAUGCUGGGCAUCUUCUGGUUUGAUGCUCAUGAGAUUAACUUUGGAGCUUGUGUGACCCAGAUGUUUCUGAUCCAUGCCUUCACUGGCAUGGAGGCUGAGGUCCUGGUGGCCAUGGCCUUUGACCGUUACACGGCCAUCUGCAAUCCACUUCACUACACAAACAUCUUGACAUCCCGGGUGCUGGUGGGUAUCACUAUGUGCAUUGUAAUUCGUCCAGUUCUGUUUACACUCCCCAUAAUCUAUCUUGUCUACCGUUUACCAUUUUGUCAGGCUCAUAUAAUAGCCCAUUCCUACUGUGAGCACAUGGGCAUUGCAAAAUUGUCCUGUGGAAACAUCCGUGUCAAUGCUAUCUAUGGACUCUUUGUGGUCUCCCUCUUUCUCCUGAACCUGGUCCUUAUUGUCAUCUCAUAUGUUUAUGUUCUCCGUGCUGUCUUCCGCCUCCCAUCACAUGAUGCUCGGCUAAAAGCCCUAAGCACAUGUGGCUCUCACGUUGGGGUCAUUUGUGUUUUCUAUAUCCCCUCAGUCUUCUCUUUCCUUACUCAUCGAUUUGGACACAGCAUUCCACAUUACAUUCACAUUCUUGUUGCUAAUCUCUAUUUGGUUGUCCCACCCUCUCUCAACCCCAUCAUUUAUGGGGUGAGAACCAAAUGGAUACGAGAGCGAGUGAUCUAUGUACUUACUAAAAGAUAA